UACCAGUCGUGGUGACUGGGGGGAGAAGAGCGAGACGUGCAGCAGCCACUCACUCAUUCAGCCCAUUGUUUUCUCCGCUCUGACAAUUUCUGCUGCACUUCUUUUGUGUGACGAGACUCUUCAGGAUAAAGCAUUAUCCUGUGUUUUGGCAGCACGUAAAAUCCUGACGUCUGUUUUUCUAACUUACCUCCUUUGUUUUUGUAAGAUAUUCUGAUCCUGUCAUAAUCCCACUUUGGCUGUUGAGUGUUAGAGUAGUGAAGAUUGGUUUUCUUCCAGAUUUUGGGGAAAAAAAGCAAGUUUUGUAUGAAAUUUGACUAUUAGUGAAGCUCUGAAGGAGGAAGAACCACAGGAUGGUUUGACUUGGAGGAGAGAGCGAUCUUCUCUUGUGGACGGCAUCUUCUCUGUUGCAGAGAGGAAGAAGUGUUUGGUUUAGAGGGAAGAAGAGGAAGAAGGAAACCCAAAAGUGUUGGAUUUGAGAGCUCCAGACUUCAUCACCAUGGCUGGGAUGUAUGGAUGCUUUAAGGGCCGCAAAUGAAGCGGAGGAUGUCGCCGUGGGGAUCCGGCUUUGGAAGUGGGAGCAGCAGUGACGGUGCUGCCAUGGCAUCAGGACCUCCAGAUGUGACGACCAAUCAGGAGCCUGCUGAGGUCCAGGAAGAGUGUUCAGGAAAAAAGAAGUCCAAGUUCCAGACGUUUAAAAAAUUCUUCGCCAGGAAGAAGAGAAAGGAUCCGUCGGCUGCAGCAGCAGACGCAGGACUUAAAGCCAGCCAGUCGAGCGACAAUGUCAGCAAAACAUCGGAGAACAACACACUCACCCGAUCCGACAAGGAGAAGGGCUCUGGGUCAAAGAUCAGUCUGGGCAGCAAGGCCUUGUCACACGACUCCGUCUUUGUUUCGGACUCGUCGGAGGCCAACGAGGCUCUCGGGGCGUCUCAGGACAGCAUUCAUGGGAAAGUGAAAUCCCUGCAGCUCCAGCUGAAACAGGCCAUCAAACUGGGCUCUCCUCCUUCUCUGAUGUGUGUGAAGAGGACAGAAGAUGCUGGAACGAUGUCUGAGGAUGACGGCCUUCCCUGUAGUCCACCUGAAUACACAACACUUCACACAGCCAUGAAUCAGAUUCAGAGGAACAGUUCCAUCAGCCUGGAAGGAAUAGACAGUGAUGACGACCAGCUGUCCUGUGCGGCCUCCAGCAGAGCCAUGAGCCCUCUGGUGGUUCCAGGAGACUUCAGCCAGCCGGCCAGCCCCUUCGUCUGUCUGGACAACUCUGCUGCCAAACACAAGCUGGGCCUCAGACACAAAGCCUGCAACAAGAGGAAGCCUGUCAGUCGGUUGGAGCAGAAACCAGAAGGAGGCGCUGUGGAGGAGAUGCUGACAGCCUCCAUACUAGAAACAGAAUCUGAAGCUUUGGAGGAGCCCCAGCAAAGGAGGAUAGAAGAUCUAAUUGUUGAUCAGCUGAAACCAAAAGUGCAGACAGAAGACGAGGAUGAGGAUGAGGAUGAAGAGAAACAGAAACCACAGCAUUUCAGAGAAUCCCUGUUGGGAGAUAAGGAGUGGAGCAGGGAGGAGGAAGAGGACGAGGCGCCAGCCGAACAGGAAGUUUCUCACAGCCCGGACACUUCCUGUCCUCCUGAGCCGUGUCUCUCGGAGGAGGAAACCUCGGAGCCCCGGCUGUCCUCCAAACCCAGCUCCAGAGCCUCCUCCGCUGACAGUCCCAGAGCCACACCAGAGCCCCCUGCUGCCUCCAGAGAGUAUUUGCUGGACUCUCCUGGCUUUUCCCAUGAAGCCGAGGAGAACAAGGAUGAAAAUGAUUCGGCAUCAGAAGCAGAAAACGAAGACAGAGUCCAGGAAACCAGAGAGGAGGAGGAGGAGGAGGAGAGUUCUUUCCUACAGGAGGUGCUGAGCUCCUUGAAGACUCCACUCGUUUCUCUGGAUGUGGAAACUGAAGGCGUCGUCCUGGAGAUGAAGGAGGAGAAAGAAGAUGAAGAGAUGUCAGAGGAGGUGAAGGAAGAGGAGGAAAAGGUGGACGAGCCCGUCAGUUAUCAGGCUGCUGACUCGAGCUCCAUCCUGUCAGCUCAGACCACAGGAGAAGAAAAGGAGGCUGACACUCCUUCCUGGCAAGAAGAAGAAGAAGAAGAAGAAGAAGUGGGUACUGUCCAAGAAGAGGUGAAAGGUGGAGAGGAGGAAGCAGAGGAGGAGGAAGACCUAGAUGUGGACAAAAUCGGUGAACAAGAUGAUGCUGAGGAAAGACAGGUGGAGGAGGCAGUGGAAGUCAAACCUGAGGAAGAAGAAGAUAUGUUUACAAGACAAACAGUCAGCCAGGCAGGGAAACGGGGAGAAGAAGAUGAGAAUGAGGAAGAUGAGGAGGGCACAGAGCUGGAGAAGGAGCCAGAGGUUGAGGAGAAAAGGGAAGAAGAUGGCUAUGAGGAAGUGGAGAUGAAUGAAGGGAGGGCAGCAGAGGAGGCAGGGGAAGCCAUGGAAGAAGAGGAGGAAGAGGCAGAAGAGAUGCUUCCUGAUGCAGAAGAAGUUCAAAGUCCCAUACAAAUGCAGGAGGAUGACGAAGGUGUGGUGCUUGGAGUUGAGACGAAAAAGCUCACAAAUGAUGAUGAUGAUGAUGAGGACAUCCCAACAGAGCCGUGUGAUCAAGAACACACACUAGAAGAGAAAGAAGAAGAAAACUUCAACCAGAACUCGGAUGAAGAGGGAGCUGAGGAGGAUGUUCAGAUCGACCUCAUGGAUCAAAAAUCAGACCAAGAGGAAGAUGUGGAAGCAAACCAGCCUGAUGUAGAUCAAACUGAAGACCAAGAGCAGGAUAGUGUGGAAAUAAUCUCCCACUUAGACAUGAAAGGGGUUGAAAAGGAACCCAGUGAAGCCACAGAACAAGCUCCUGUUUCUUCCAAGCCGCCUUCUUUGUCUCUUCCAGAGUCACAUCAUGAGACUCAAUCACAAGACAGUGGUGCUACCAGUCCCAGUAAGACCAGCACCAUCCACAUCAAUCUGGUCUCUCCCAGCUCAGAGAAAACCACAUUUCAGCUGCCUCCAACUGCUGCAGAUCCCGGUGAAGGUGUCACCGAGUCUCCUGACUCCACAGAGCCGAAUACUGCAUCUGUAAAUGAAGAGCCGUCUGACUCUGUGGAAGAAGAAGACAAACUGUCCAUCCAGGAACAAGAAGCUACAAGUCCUGCAGCUGUGGAAGAAACAGUCCACCAGCCGCCCUGCAGUUUGGAUCAGAAUAAAGUCCGCUUCACCAUCGCUCCGGCCUGGCAGAGAACAAAAAGUCUCACACCUCCUUCUUCCCCACCUGCCAGCAUCUCUUCGUUUUCUGCCGUCACUGGACCCCAAAGUGAGGAGCUGGAGGCUGCCACCAAAGAGGAAUCUGUUGUGAAACCAGACCCAGCAAAUGAGGCAAAAGCUGAGCUGGUGUUGAGCCCCAGUAGACUGAGGAAUACAGGAAGCACCACUGCCAAACCACAGAACAAUACAACACCGGUGCCAGUUAAACCUCAGACCUCCACUGCUGCAAGCACCGAAGAGAGCUCUGUGGUGGUGGAAGGAAACCCCGACAAUCCAUUUGGAGUUCGGCUGAGGAAGACGUCAGGUCUGCUUCGCUUCAGCUCAGAGGAGGAAAACGCAGAGCCUUCAGUUGAAUCUACAACUCAGCCAGCCAGCUGUAAAAUUGAAUCUCCACCAAUCAGCGUUAAGCCCUCUUUAUCUCAGCCAAUCAGCAACAAACCUGCCGUCCCUAAGAAACCAGAUGUGACCGGAGACAGUGGAGCGAAACCAAAGCGUGUCUCAGACCCAGCUGCAGGCCGAAGUGUUUCUGCUGGAUCUGAGUCUCCCAGCUGGAUUUCUGUGGCCAAACAGAAGCAGAAAAUCUAUAAAGAAAACUCACUGGAGGAGAUUACAGUCAAGAAGGAGGAACAGGAGAGAAAGUCUUCACUGCCAAUGUACGUCUGCUCAGCUGCCAGCAAAGAGCAAAGCAACAAAGCAGCUGAAUCCACAGGAAAAGUGAGUCCGUUGGACAUCAGUAAACCGUCAGUGUCUGUAGACAAAGACACCAGGAGGGCUCUUUCUCCUCCAGCUCCGGUGCCACCUCAGCCUUCAAAGUCCCAGACGCCUCCCUGUCCUGUUGCCCCGAAACCCCAGCUGCCCCCCGCCACGGCGAAACAUCCACAACAACCUACUCCACCCCAAAGAUCCCCCCCAACUCCAGUCCCAGUUCUACCAAAAUCUCCUUCAUGCACAAGCCCAACCUCUUUCACCAAACCCUCCUCCCCGUCUAAGACGUCUCCGGUCACCUCCCCUCCGUUUCUACCAAGAACCGCCCCGGAGAAAUCUGCCACGAGACCUCCAGGAGCGGCGUCCUCCCAGCGAGGCCAGCCAUCCCCAGCUUUGCCCCAGGACGAGCCCCCCUGGAUGGCGCUGGCCAAGAAGAAGGCCAAAGCCUGGAGCGAGAUGCCCCAGAUAGUCCAGUGAUGGGCCAGUGGUUCGGUAAGCCCCGAGGUGGCUCCAAGCAGGCCCAAGUGGGUCAGAUCUGAAGGGGCCUGAACGGACCAGAAUGCAUUUGCACACAAAUUUCUUAUUCUCCUGCCUCCAGGCUUCUGAUUGGUGCAAAACGUCCAAUCACACAGCUGAAGACAGACUGUGUUUUCUUUGUGUUGUAAAGUAGGAUCCUGAAAGUUAAUGCGUCCUACUUGAAGUGGAUCCAUAUUUUUUCAACAGUCUUAGUAUGUUAAAGGUGCCUGAAUGAGAGAAAAUAUUUGUAGCCUCACAGCAGUAAAUAUUAACUUUUAUCUAACUCAGAUGAGUCCGCUUGAUAUCACAGACGUUUCAGAAAAGGGAAGAAGGAGUCGUUUAUUUAAUGGCAGGUCCAGCAGUUUAUUUGUUCUGUCUUCAGAAUGAAUGACGCUCUGUUUCUGCCGGUGUUUCUGUGUGUUUAUUUUAAGGCAGUGAUUCUUGCUCACAUUUAGGGGAAUGUGGAAAAUCUUCACAGUCCGAGACUUCAAUGGGAAAACAUCCAAGUUAAGAUGAAGAAAAAUUGACAGAACUGGCUGCUGCUGGUGUCGAGUUUUGGUCACAAUCUCUGAUCCACUUUUCAAACUCCAGUUUCUGUAUAAGGUUUUAAAGACGAGCAGAUUCCUUCUUAACUUGAUCUACAGACACUAAACUAAUAAUAUUUGCUGUCUUAGUGAGUGCUGAGUGUCCCACACGUUCCAGGCUGUCAGUGUAAAAUAUACUUUCAAUUUUUUCUUUUGAUAUUUUGAAUACAUAACUACAGACACAAAUGUGAUGUCUCCAAAAGGAAUGCUGUUCAGGAAUCAAUAUCAUCACAUUGUUGUGUUUUUAAUGCUUUUUCAUGGCGUUGUAAUGUUGCAGAGUGUUGUGGAUCAUGAUUUGUAAAUGAAACUGAAAUCAGUAUAAAGAUUCUUAAUCACUUGGAGUUUGGUUGGCUGCAGGAUGUGAAGCAUCACUAAAGGAAAAAAAGAGUCACAGCUUCCUUUGUAUCAGUUUAAUCCAUGUUUUACAGUAACUAAAUAUGUUAUGCUUUUUGUUUUAUUUUGUAAUGCCUUUUGAGAAUUUGUCUUGUACAUAAAAUGGUGAGUAAAGAACAAAUUAUAUCA